CACGCGAAGCAUAAUAAAUCAUCCCAUCCUCUCCAUCUAGGGUUUACUUCUCUUGAAAAAAUAAAUCCUUAGAUCUCUCCCCAACUACCACCUUAUCCUCCAUCAGAAUAACACAAUCCCUAACUCCAAACAUGAUGCAACAACCAGGAAUCGCCGGAGCGGGUGUCCCGCAACCAGAUCAACAACAACAAUACCAACAGCAAUGGAUGAUGCAGCAACAGCAACAAUCGCAACCCGUACCUCCUCCUGCUGGAUGGACUCCGCCGCCUGUUCCUCCUCCGUCCCAGUAUGGUUCAGCCGCCGGAAGUGCUGCUGUUGGAGACGAGAUCAAGUCGUUGUGGAUCGGGGAUUUGCAGCAGUGGAUGGAUGAGAAUUAUAUUCUCAGCAUCUUUUCUACCACUGGGGAGGUUGUCCAAGCUAAGGUUAUUCGUAAUAAGCAAACAGGUUACCCAGAGGGUUAUGGUUUUAUUGAAUUUGUUAGUCAUGCUGCAGCAGAGAGGAUUUUGCAAACAUACAAUGGGACACCAAUGCCAAACAGUGAGCAGACUUUCCGGCUGAACUGGGCUACCCUCGGUGCCGGCGAGAGGCGCCAAGAUGAUGGGCCUGAUUAUACAGUUUUCAUUGGAGAUUUGGCUGCUGAUGUCAAUGAUUACCUCCUACAAGAAACAUUUAGAAAUGUUUACUCAUCUGUGAAAGGUGCAAAAGUUGUUACUGAUAGAGUUACUGGACGUUCAAAGGGAUAUGGAUUUGUUAGGUUUGCUGAUGAAAAUGAACAAAUGCGUGCCAUGGUUGAGAUGAACGGACAAUACUGCUCUACUAGGCCUAUGCGGAUUGGACCAGCGGCCACAAAGAAACCUUUGACCCAGCAAUAUCAGAAAGCUGCUUACCAGAGUCCUCAAGGAAAUCAGGGGGAGAGUGAUCCAAAUAACACAACAAUAUUUGUUGGUGCUUUGGAUCCAAGUGUGACUGAUGACACUUUGAGAGCAGUGUUUAGUAAAUAUGGUGAGCUAGUGCAUGUGAAAAUACCUGCAGGCAAGCGUUGUGGAUUCGUUCAGUUUGCUAAUCGCACUUGUGCGGAGCAAGCACUAUCGAUGCUGAACGGAACUCAGAUAGCUGGUCAAAAUAUUCGACUCUCAUGGGGCCGUAGUCCUUCUAACAAACAGGCUCAGCCAGACCAAAGCCAGUGGAACGGGGGUGGAUAUUAUGGAUAUCCACAAGGAUAUGAUGCAUAUGGAUAUGCUGCUGCUGCUGCCGCCGCCGCCGCCGCUCCCCAAGACCCUAGCAUGUAUUAUGGAGGAUAUCCUGGAUAUGGAAACUACCAGCAACCAGGAGCUUACCAACAGCAACCGGGAGCUUACCAACAGCAACCCGGAGCAUACCAACAGCAACCCGGAGCUUACCAACAGCAACAGCAGUGAUCUGCUUACACUGCGGUAUCGAUGUGUGAGGACUGAUGUUAAUCGGUAACAGAGCAAUCCUAGGUUGCAGUUCACUAGUUGCAUGGAUGUGCUUGGUGUUUGGAGUUUGGUAUUUUGACAUUUGUUCUAGUGUUAGCAGUGUUCUGGGCGCCAUAUGGGGAGGGGACAUCACUGCAUUCUGAUAUGAUCAUGGUUUUGUAAUGUAAUGGUGCCUCAAAGUUUGCACUAUUUGCCUAAUGGAUUUUUCGCACUCGUGGCUCUUUAAUUACUUAAAUUAUGGUUAACUUUUUUAUUUAUUUAUGGGAUGUUAUGCUCUUUGAGGUUUGUGUCUCGUAUUAUUCGAUGAUGUGGUGCUCAAACUCAAACUUUGCUAUAUUUUUACAAGUUGUAGCUUUGUCUCA